GGCAGUCAAGUCAUACAAGAACGAGAUAGGUUAGUAGAGCAAAAUGGCUAGUCAAGCCUCGACUGCUGUUCGCCAGGUGAAACCAAUUUUAUCAGUUAAUCGAGAAGAUGCACGUCGAAGAGUGCUUACAUUAUACAAAGCAUGGAUCCGUCAAGUAGCACCUUCAUUGUUAAGUUAUGAUAUUCCUAAAACUGAAGCAGAAUGCAAGAUAAAGAUACGAGAGGAGUUUAGGCGUCAUGCUCAUGUGACUGAUUUAAGAAUUAUAGACAUGCUUAUCGUAAAGGGUCAAAUGGAGUUGCAAGAGGUAGCUAAUGUGUGGAAAACUAAAGGAGGACUUAUGCAUUAUUGGAAGGAAACAUGGGAAAAGAAGCCAACUGAUUUUAUGUCAAAAUUUCUCAGUGGCCAGGAUAAUUAAUUUACUUUAUUCUGUUAGUCCAUGAGAAGCAUUAUAGAAACACGAUUGUAAUAACUUAUGUACAUAUAUAUAUGUAAAUAUACAAGGAUUUCAGUUUUAGGAAACAACU